AGAACACCUACUCAUUCCUUAGCAACCUUUUCCAAAAGUCGUGAUGGCGCAUCGGUAGGCGGUGUUUUGCAUACCUUGUCGGGAAGUGCGUUCGGUAAAACUUUACAGACUGGCCCUUAUUUGGUCUAACACUAAGCCACCGGUUAACAGUUAUACCGCAUUUGAAGUAUUUAUUGGCAAAAGCCUGCAUUUUGCUGUCACAGCUGUCGUCCACAGAAUUUGCGCUUGCUCGCGCGACUGGCGCUCCGCUGCCUGGUUCAGCCCCUGGGGCUGCGCAUCUGGCUUUCUCCUUCUCUUGCCGAUCGCUGUUUGGCGCGGUCGAGGCUGCCUGUGAUGGCACCGCGAGGCGCAAGCAAACGAGCGGCAAAGCAGGAGGACGGUGACAGCCCAGCUGCCGCAGCCGAGGGCAGCGCUGCAGCGCCAUCGCCCCCCAAGGGGGAGGCCGCCGCCCAGCCCCCCGCUAAGAGGGCUCGCAAGGCAUCCCAGCCUGCGGAGCGAGAGGCCUCGCCAGCUGCAGCUAGGGCUGAGAAGGAGGAAGAGGAGGCUGCUGCGGGCGCGAGGGAAGCGGAGGCCGCAGAUGCCCAAGAGGAGCAGCAGCAACAGCAGCAGGGGAAGGGCAAGGGCCGGAAAGCGCCCUCGGCUGCCAAUCCCAAGCUAAGAGCGGCGUCAGGACGGGGCGGCAAGGCGCGGGCAGCGGAGGGGGCCGCAGGUGGUGCGGAGGGCAAGGAGGAGUCUGAGGAGGAGGCGGCAGCUGGUGGUGCUCAGGAGGCAGCGGAUGGUGGUGGUGGUGGUGACAGCCCCCGGGGUGUGCGCUACUUCCUCAUGAAGAGCGAGCCCGAGGAGUUCUCGCUGGACCAGCUGGCGGGGCGGCCGGAGCAGACGUCCUGUUGGGAAGGUGUUCGCAACGCCCAGGCUCGCAACCUGAUGCGCUCCAUGCGGCUGGGGGACAUGGCCUUCUUCUACCACAGCUCCUGCAAGGUCCCGGCGGUGGUGGGUGUGGUGCGGGUGGUGCGGGAGGCCUACCCCGACCACACGGCGUUCGACAACAGCAGCAAGUACUUCGACCCGCGCAGCUCCCCCUCCGCCCCCAAGUGGUGGAUGGUGGACGUGCAGCUGGUGCGGCGCCUGGCCCGCCCGGUGCCGCUGGCGGACAUCCGGGCGGAGGCGGCGAGGCGGGGGGGCCCGCUGGCGGACAUGGUGCUCAUAAACAGGUCCCGCCUCAGUGUGCAGCCCGUCACUCACGAGCAGUGGGAGCGCAUCCUGCAGAUGGAGCGGG